AUGAAAGAAAGCUCACAUCUUUUCUCGAAAUAUUAAUUAGAAUACAUACAAAAAAUAGGGGACGGAGCAUUUGGCAAAGUGUACAAAGCCUUCGAUUUAACCACAAAAAAAGUAGUUGCAGUCAAACAACAGAUUCUAAAUACAGAUGAAGAAUAGGAAUUGUUAUCAUCCUUGAAUCACAAAAAUAUAGUCAAGCACAUAAGAGGAUCAACUUAAUUGCUAGUGAUGGAAUAUAUGGAAGGUGGAUCAUUAAAGAAUUACUUGAUUUAAAACCCGAAUUUGAAUGAAGAACAAUGUAUAUAAAUUAUGAAAUCCAUUCUUGCUGGAUUAAGUUAUUUACAUCAGCAUAAUGUCAUUCAUCGUGACAUAAAACCUGAUAAUAUCCUAUUAACCAAAGAUCUUGUACCAAAGAUAGGAGACUUUGGUCUCAGCAUCCACUUAGAGAACUUUGACUUCUCCACUUCCAAGUGCAGCACUUAUCUAUAUAUGGCUCCUGAAAUCCUACUAAACAAACUCUAUUCUAAACCAGUUGACGUUUGGGCUACUGGCAUCAUCAUGUAUUAAUUACUCUAAGGAAUUCAUCCUUACUAUAAAUCAGAAUCAACUAAACAACAAUACCUUCAAAACAUCCUAGAGAAACCUUUAUAUUUUAAAAAGCAGAUUUCCCCCCAGGCCAAGGACUUGCUUAUUAGACUACUAAAGUUAGAUAUUACCGAUCGGUACACGGCUCGUCAAGCUUUGCAACAUCCUUGGCUUACUAAAUAGGACAGUAUGCCUCUAAGUCUUUUUGAGUAAUUUAAAUUGUUUGAUUGCAAGAACAAAUUCAUCAAUAUCAUCAAAUUGUUGAUGUUCAUUCAAUAAUUAAAGAUACCCAAAUUCUCAUAUGGAUACAUUUUAGGCCAAUAAGGCUUUCAUAUUAAGCAAGUUCAAUACAUUUUAGGAUAAAUACAAUCUCCUCUCAAAUUUGAAUCUCCAACUAUAUCAAGUUCCAACACUCUUAAAAAAAAAGGUAAAAUUGACAAUUCAGAAGAGAACACGCCAAUGAGUCUACAAAAUUCAACAUUCUAUUAGAAAAAUAAAAAAUUACAAAAAUUAUCCAAUUUUUAUGAAUAAGCAUAUAAAUCUAAUGAAAACUCAGUUGCUUAAUUAAGUCCUUAGAAACCUAAACGAAGUAAUAUGAACUUUUCUCAAGCCUCUAGAGAAUACGCAGAAAUUAUGUUAGGAUAUUCUGCUAUAAAAGAAAAGCGAAAGCCCUCCUCUUAAAUAAGAUUGGAACCUUUAGAUAGAAGAGCAAAGAGAACAUCUUCUGUAAUAGUAAUUUCAAAUAAAUAAUGA